AUGUCAUAUGUACCAUUAAAACAACCAUUACUUGAAGAUGAUGGGAGUUUUGAUUACGAAGAAACUUUAUUAUCCGAAAGAAAUGAACAAGCAAAACAUUUAGCUCAAGAUAUAUAUCAUUUAAAAGGUGCAAUGGAUGAUUUAAAAAUGAUGGUAGAUGAACAAGGUGAAAUGUUAGUUCAAGCAGAUAAUAAUGUUACAACAGCAGAUUUAGAGAUUGAAUAUGGUGUAGAAGAAUUGGAAAAGGCAUAUGUUUAUAAAUCAAGAUCAAAAAAGAGAAUAAUAAUUUUAGUCGUUGUGAUUUUAUUAAUUCUUGCCGUUGUAAUUGGUGCAUCAAUCAAAUUCUUUGUUAAAAAGUAG